GAGAAGAUGGUUCUGUUUGUUGAUGUCGCCUGGCUGACAGUUCAGGGCGAACACCUGAAGGCUAGUUUUAGCAUCUAGCUACCAAAGACGGCAGGGAGGAAUAAAUUGGUCAACUAACUCAAACAGACAGCCAAGUUGACAGCUUUGACAUUCUAGCCCGGUCGUCAGGUCGUAAUGCUGUGAGGCCGUCAUGGAGAACUCCACAGCCACACAGACCUCCACGGAGGUGGAGCCCCUGAAGGGUGGAGCGGACAAGGUGGAGGCUGGACUCACGGCCUCCCAGAUGGACCUGAAGACAAGCUGCAGGGAAGGCUUGACCUUCGCCAAGCUCUCCCACUGGCGGACGGCCAUCUUCUUCUUCUCCCUGUUCCUGUGCCUCACCAUCGUCUUCGCCUUCUCCUUCGUCAUCCCCUGCCCUGUCCGCCCGCAGUACCUGUCCACCUGGAACAGGACCUUCUACCAGGCCGCCACAUACGAUUUCCUCGCUAUCGAAGAUGCAAACAAAGACAAAGUGAUGGAUGUUGUGUUCGUGCUGAAGAAGACGGGCGGCUCCCAGAACAACACGUGUGCGGGUGAAGGUCUACCGAGCCCGUGUGUGGUGGCGGUGGCGCUGGCUGGGACAGACGGGGAGACGCUGUGGGAGCGGCUCCUGGCUCCGGAGCUCCACUGGGCUCAGUGUGGUCUGGGGGGGGAGAAGCAGUCCGCAGGCUGGGACUGCCUCCUGUUCCACUCGGACCGGCUCACAGCCCUGGACAAGACCAGCGGCGCAGUGGUCUGGCAGCGGGCCCACCCCCCAGGACCCAACAGCACCCUGCCUGUCCUGCUGCUCCCAGACCUGGAUGGAGACGGGGUGGGGGAGGUGGCUCUGGUGUGUCCGGGGAGCCCCCAGACCCAGAUGUGGAUCCUCUCUGGGAGGACUGGCGAGCAGCUGGGGGCCUCAGUGGGCGUGGCCUCAGUCGGCGUGGCCUCGACUGGGCACCACCUGCUCCACACCACGGAUGAGGGGGCGCACCUCGUCCUGCUCCAGAGAGAGGCGGGUCUGUACGGCGUGGGGCUGUGGAGGGUGGCCGGCCAGGCUAGGAAAGGCCUGGAGGCGGGGCUUAAGAAGGACCGCCACUGGGAGAGCCGAGCCAAUCACACCUUUGACCUCAUGCCCGUCUACACGCAGGGUUCGGUGAGGGAGGUGGUGCGGACGGGGAGUCCCCAGAAGCCGUCCAGCCUGCUGCUGGUGGCCGGGGGGGAGCUGGUGCUGCUGGGCGGAGACAAGCUGCAGCGCCUCUGGGGCCUCAACACCUCCGGGGUCCUCAGGACACCCUCCUUCGGACAUUUUGACAAAGACGGCGUCCCUGACGUGGUGGUGGAGGAGGACGGGCGCAACGGCAGCCGGAGGCUGGUGGUCCUGAGCGGGGCGUCGGGGGCGCUGCUGUGGGAGGUCAGCAUGCUGCCCGGCCCGGAGUGCCCCCCCCCGGCCUCCGUCCUCACCCUCAACUCGGUCUCCGUCUUCAUGUUCUGGGGUCUGCUGCCCCCCGCGGGAAACCGCUCGGUUGCCCCUGGAGACUGCCGCUCCUACAUGCUGCACCCGCUGCACCCCUCCGUGCUCCUGGAGACCUCCAACAUUAUGGAGACCCCCAACGUCAUGGAGCACAUCCUGGCCUUCAGGGCCACCCUGCUGGAGCGCGGCCGCCACGCCUGCUACUUCCUGCUGACGGAGGGCGUUGGCGGCGUGAUGCUGAGGAAGAGGAAGCUGAAGGAGGACGUGGUCAUCAGCCGCGUGCACCGCCUCUCCGUCACCACGGAGACCGACGAUACGGUCAAGCAGGCCUUCAGCCGGCUGCGCUUCAGCGACGAAUAGCGGCCGCGACCCUCUGACCCUCAGACCCUGAACCCUGUGCCUGUGACCUCCGACCUGGGGGGGG